UGUAUGUGGCAAGAAGAGGUUCAAUUUUCGCCUUUACAUUAGAGACGCGACGCUUCGGCACAGACAGGGGCUGCCUUUUGUUACUUCCUUAGAGUGUUUAGGCAUUAUACGCUUGGUGUAAUGAUUACUAUCAGCCUCAGUCUUUAGUUAUGAAGUCAAGCUUUCCGCAUCCGCGGCCAUGAAGCCAGUAAUCAUCGACGGAGAUUGCCGAAGCAGGAUCUGGAGCUGUCGAUAUGCAAGCCUGCAGUAGACUUGGCGGAUUUCUUGCCCUCUCUGGGACGCUGUCGAGCAAGUCGAUGUUAUGCCCUCCAGCGCGGCGUCAACUCGCCUCGGUACUGGUCAACCACACGUUCCUCUGGGCGAUUAUCGUGCUCGUCAUUGUGGUCGGCUUAGCCUUGCUUGCGGUGCUCAUCUGGGCAAUCGUCACUAAAUGCGGACGCGCAAAGAGCGCACCCGUGGUGCCAACCAACUUGCCUGAAAAGGCGGCCGAUGUGGAGCGCGGAGUGCAGGUGGAGGGGCUGGGGGAGCGCGGCAGCGCCAACAGAGGGGCGAACACGCCGCCUCCUGGCCAGACAAUGACAGGUCCCCAGCAGCCGGCGGGCCCCCCGCGAGCUGGCAGCCUGGUGCCGGUGCCGCCAUGGGUUGAGGACCCGCAGCGGUUGCCGCCGGGGAUCGUGCUGGCGCCCCUUCCGCCCGUGUCGUACAGCCCCCUGGUGUCAAACCCGCGGCUGCCCGGGGAGCCGCCGUACGAGCGGCUGGUGCUGAUCUCCUCGCGCGUGCACCAGGCUGACCGGGUGGCGAGGGCCGUGUUGCCCAAUGUGGCCUAUGUGGUGUACGACUGGAAGAACUUCACGCUGCAGGAGCUCAUUCGCUACGUGCGGCGGACACUAGGACCCCACAAGGUGCUCUCCAUCGCUGUGGUGGCCCCGGGCAACAAGCCCGGAACCGUGGGUCUGUUGGAGGGCGCAGGCACCUCUCCCGAGAAGCUCGCCACCAAAACCGAGCUCUCACAGUUCUGGCGCGUGUUGUCGGGCUGCGUGGCGCUCUCAGGCACCGCGGACGGCCGGCGAAUAGACUUGCUGGGGUGCCGAGUGGUGGAGGCGCCCCGGGAGGGUGCAGCGCUGCUCAAGGAGCUCUGGAACCUCACCACGGUGCCCUUUGCCGCGGCAGAUGACGCGCUAGGCGGCUACAUGCUGUGCACGUUUAUGGAGGAGCCGGUCACGAAGCAGCUGAGCCUCAUCGCCUGCUCCAUACCCGCCAUAGACCUGUACUUCAAUCGCUACGCCAUGUUGGGUAUUACCGCGCCGGAUGGAGGUGGGGAGGUGCUGGCGGCGACGGCGGCGGCAGCGGCGCCGCUGCCGCCGGGGCCGCCGCCACCGGAGGCGCUGGUACCGGUGGGUACGGCGCCGCCGUUGGCAGCUGCCCACGCGCCGGCACCGGCAGGGGCUGCUCCGGCGCCCGCACCGGCAGCACCUGCGGCUAUAGAGGGGGCAGUCCAAGCGCAUGCAGCGCCGUCGCCGCCACAGCAGCAGCAGCAAUUGCAACCUCCAGCGCAGCCGCCGCCAGCAUCGGUAGCAGCAGCAGCCCCAUCAUCAUCAUCAGCAGUCCCUGUGCAGGCCGCACCCCAACCGCCACCCUCAGCUGUCGUACCUGCAGCCGCCCCUGCUGCUGCCCCCCCUCCAGCAGCAGCAUCUCAACCGCCACCUGCACAAGCUGCACUUCCUCAACCCGCUAGCACGGCCCCUCCCGCACAACCCCCAGCAUCACCCUCACCCGCAGCCGCAACAGCAGCCGCAACAGCAGCCGCACCGACAUCUAGAGCGGCCGCCCGCCCGUCACCCUCCGUCCCCGGCCAAGACGUGUUCAGUCGGCUAAGUCAGGCGCUGCUGCAGCGGGGCCUGACGCCCGAGGCCGCCUUUGCGCUGCACGACCGCGACCGCAACGGCAAGCUGACGACGCAGGAGCUGACGGCGCUGAUGCGCGCCUACGUUCCGGAUGCUACCGCCAUGGACAUCAAGCACUUCCAUGCGCUAAUGCAGAUGGAUACAGACCAGGAGGCGGAUGACGACCUGCUCACACAACACGAGUUCGUGACGGGGCUGCCGGAGAACGUGCGCAUCCAGGAGGCGGUGCGGGCGGGGCGGGACGACGAUGAGGUGGUGCUGCGGCUGCAGGAGUACCUCACUGAGAACGAGGCCAUCAUUCGAGACACCUUCAAAGACUUUGACGAAAACGGAGACGGAUUCCUGGAUCACUCGGAACUGCAGCAGCUGGUGGCAUGCAUACCUGGGCUGGACCCGCACGAGAAGAAGUUCGUCAUGGCCUUCCUCUACCACCACGACCAUAACAAGGACGCACGUAUUAGUUUGGACGAGCUCCAGGCAGCGCUAGCGGGAUUCGCCAGCCCGGCGCCUGCUGUGGCGCAUGCGGCGGCAGUAGCAGCAGCGGCCCCGCAACAGCCGCAACAGCAGCAGCAGGCGGCGGUGCCCGUGGCAGCAGGACCGGUAGCAGCGGCGCCGGCGCCUGCUCUUGCUGCGGCGCCGGCGCCUGCAGCAGCACUUGUGCCACCGACGGUACCGGCAGCAGCAGCAGCAGCAGCUGUGCCGCAGGCGGCGGCCGCAGCGCCUCCCGCGGUGCCGCUGGCCCCACCAGCUCUACCCGCGCCUUCCCCCGCACUACCGCCGCCUGCAAUGCCUCCUGCUGCGUCUGCAGCCCCAGCCGCGCCUGCUGCUGCUGCUCCCGCUCCUGGGCCCCCCCCCAAGCCCGCUACGGAUCCACUGCCACCAGCAGCAGCGGCAGCAGCUCCGGCGCCCUUCCAGGCAGCCGCACAGCAAGCAGCGGCUGCCGUACAAGAUCCAGAACAGCAGCAGCCAGCGUCAGAGGUCGCGCCGCAGGUGCCGGAGGCGCCGCUGCCGCUGCUUCCCCGUACCUCUUUGAGCCCUCUGGCUCCGCUGGCGCCGUUGUCAGGGCUGCCGCUGGGGCCGCCGCUGGGAGGGCGGCUGGCGCCCCUGGCACCCCUUGCACCCCUCGGCGGCCUGCCACGACCCGGGGCGCUAGCGCCUCUUGCUCCGCUAGGACAGCGGUAGCGGUAUAGCUGUGUGUCGUCGUGAUUUGGGUCGGCGACUAGUGGCAUAUGACCUAGUGCAUUUUUAGGACGAGGCUUAGGAGUUAGGACAAGCAAGGGGUGCUUCGGUACAUAGCUCGCGUAUAUAGGAGCAGUGAUCUGUGAUGUUGCGUUGUUUAACGCUCGCGCAGCAAUGGUGAACGGAGGCUAAUGCCCUGACGUGUCGGCAGGUCAGGGCUUUUAACUUAUGUUGGCCCCGCAAAGAGGGACAUUAAAUAGAUUAGAUGCUGUUGGGAUCCUAGCAAGAGAACUAGGCCCCUCCCUUUGUGGCAGCACAUGCCGUAUGCUGGUGAACUGCUUAGCCAGUUGGGCUAUAGUCCUGAUGGCCCCUACCGAUAGCUCGAAUCGAGAAAGCCGUCGUUUGUGAGACAUACCGCUACGGUUGGACCGAGCGUGGUUAUAUUCGCCGUUGCUUGACCAACUGUCAACCGCAACAUGUUGAAGUUCGUGUUAGGGGUACCUGGUUCGGAGGCAGCUACGCUUGCUGCCUGCCACGGAUCGGCCCAUUUGUGUAGCGUGUGAGGCCUUGGUGGAAGAGGAAUGGUUGAAUCGAAAGCCCAAGAGCCCUAGGAGGCAUCAUGCUUGGGGCGCUGGCGCUAUCAUGCGCCCAUCAGGGGCCUUGGUGUUGCAUGCAAUGACAUGACGACAGCUUCACCCACGUCAGGCACUUACAGAUAGUGAGACCGCGC